AUGAAUCGCAACGGCAACGCGACCCGAAACCGACCUCCCAUCCGCUCCAGCGCGCUCUCCGGCUCCGCGUCGUUCUCCCCCGAGGAGGCCGUCGACGCUGGCGAGCACCCCGUCUUCCAUGCCGGACGCGUCGCCGUCAUCACGGGCGCCGCGAGUGGUAUCGGCGCAGCAGCAGCGCGCGCAUUCGCCGCUCUGGGCAUGAAAGUCGCGCUCGCGGACCUUCCGUCCUCCAUCGACGCCUUGAACGCCGUCGCUGCGACCCUGAUCGCGCAGGUCGGCGAAGCCAAUGUCCUCGUCGUCCCGACGGAUGUCAGUGUUGUUGCCGACGUGCAGAAGCUCCGGGAAACGGUGUACGAGGCGUGGAGCGAAGUCGGGGUGCUGCUCAACAACGCUGGCAUCUUUGGCACCGCCGAUGGUGUCAAAGGCACCUCCUGGGAAGGUCUGGAUGCGUGGCACAAGGUCUUUGACGUGAACGUGUUUGGUGUGGUGAACGUUCAACAAGUCUUCGUCCCUGCCAUGCUUCACCAGGAGAAUCGUGCAAUGAUCAUUAACACUGGGAGCAAACAGGGAAUGACUAAUCCUCCCGGAAACACGGCCUACAACGCAUCUAAGGCUGCGGUCAAGUCUUUGACCGAAGGUCUCGCGCAUGCUUUGCGGCACCACCCGAGUUCUGGAGGAUCCCUCAGUGCCCAUCUCUUUGUGCCCGGAUGGACUUUCACUGGCAUGACCGGUGCCAAUGCUGGAGCGGACAAGCCAGCCGGAGCCUGGACAGCCGACGAGACUGUCCGCUACAUGCUUCCGCGCGUCGCUGCUGGCGAAUUCUACGUGCUGGUUCCGGAUGGGGAGACCACUACUCACAUCGACCAGCUGCGGAUUAUGUGGGCUGCGGCGGAUGCAGCCCAAGGACGCCCUGCGUUGAGCCGCUGGCACCGCGACUACAAAGCUCUCUACGACGAAUAUAUGCGAGAGGGCCUGGCGCUCGCAGAAGGUGCUUGAGUGUGAGCGAUCGCACGCUGACACCGGCAAAGGCCCCCGUCGGGUUCACGGACAAUCAAUGUCAAAUUCAGAUCUAGAUAAAAACUCCCAGUCUGUUGUCGCUACGUCGUUGUUUGUAUAAAUCGAAUGGAAUUGAGGUUUAGGAUGCUCACA